AUGGCCGACAGCCGUGCUGUCAUUCUUCUCGAUGAUCUUGACCUCGAGCAGCUGCGGCUCCUUCGUGUUAGGAUGAUCCGGCGCAACAAUACCCGGGCCGAGAUCACUCGGGCAAACGCUGCAAUUCGAAGCAGCCAUGCCCAGCUAAUGAGGGAUUUUGACGGCCAACAAGAAUUAUUAGUCCCGGCCACAAUUGUCAUGAACCGCAGUUUGGCUAUUUUGGCCUAUAUGUGGCGAAUGUGUGAUAUCGAAGAAGAAGAGGACCGAGAAUACUGGCGUCUGCUUCUUUGGCGGUCCUGA